CUCUCUCUCUCUCUCUCUCUCUCACCCGUCUGGCUCUUCCUCUGCUCCAAUUCAGUUUCUCUGUCCUCAUUACGAGAGGAGGUCAUGUCCCAGUCUGGAAAAGUCCUUCAUCUGUAUGUGGAAGUGAGGUCUGCCCCAGAUCAGAAUGGAGGGAAGGCUGCGUUCAGGGAGGGUGACGAAAGCCUUGCUGAAGGGCAUUCGGUUAAGGAGAGUCCCGCAGAACUCCUCUCGCAGCUAGCGAGCCAGACGAAGGCCUCGGCACCUCAGCAGCAGGUUCAGGACUGCCCGCACAGCCAGUCGCCUUCUCGACACAACGUCAGCUUCCAGCUCAAACAGGCCGGUGGUUCCCCGACGGGCGGCAGGCGCUGGAAUUCCCCGCUCCACUCCUCUCCCUCGUUCAGGAAGGCUCCUCAGGAGGCCGGCGAUGGCAAGCGGUCCGUGGUCACGUUCAGUUACAUCGAGAAGUCCAACGUGAAGACGUUGGAGAGUCCGCGCAACUCCUUAGUCGAGAGACGAGUCAGAGAGGAACGAUCCACUCCCUCCCACUUUCGAAAGCGCCUCAGCGAUCCCGUUUGGCUCGGGAGUCCAGAUUCAUCGUGCAGCUCCAGUCCCAAGCUGACUUUCAGAUCCCCGGGAAGCCACCAGCAGACGUUCUCCCCCGGCCUUCGACAGCCUCACUUGGACCCCAUCGGGCGGGCAGCUACCCAAAGGGCUGUGGAGGAGUUCGGCUCACCGUUACUGAGGAUUAAACUGGCUCACGCACUCGAGCAGGCCUCCUCUUCCUCAUGCUACAGCCGACAGACACGCUGUCAGUCCUGGGCCGGGUCUCCUGUUCAGCGUCAGAACAUUUACAUUAACCCCAAAGACCACUACACAGAUCGGAACCAGGCUGCUUGUGGGCUGCAGCGGAGCCCAGCGUCCGAACAGCCGUCCUCCAGACAGUCUUCUCACUUUAGACCCAGACCUUGCGCUGAAUCUGAGAGUCCUCUGCACUGUUCAGGAGGGGGCAAAACCAUGGCAGGGCAAAACACUGACGGGGUCUGCAACAGCAGCGCCUCACCGCAGGGAGCAGCACUACAGCUUGGCAAUAACGGAGUCGAAGGUUUGAACCAGUUGAGUGACAGCAAGUCUUCGUCUCCAGCUCAGAGCCCGGAAGUGGCCCACCGGCUCGCCAAAGAGGCCACCAAAAUAAAUUCCAUUUUCACAGAGGCGAAGAGGCCCUCGUUGCACAAUGCUUUAGGCGAGCUUGGAAGCAGCUCACACUCUGGAGACUCGGCUCCAAAUGCACAACAGUCUAAGCAGACGCUUAAGAUGAACAUCCCUUUAAAUGACCAAAACACGCCAGCACCCGACAACACAGACCCUCACCAGCCUGAACACUCCAUCACGCAGCCACUUGAAACAAACUCUCAUACAAACUGCGACGCACAGCAGAAGGACAUUAAUCAGAGGACGAUUCUGUCAGCGACUCAGAGUUCCCCCGCCCUGCCGUCACGUGUCCUUCGUCCCACUCAUCCUCCCACAGAGUUCGGUUCUCCCUUGAGGGACCCCAGGCUGUUUCAGACAGACAUUCGAGCGCCAGACACCCCCACCCUGCACCGCCGCCAGCCCCCGCAGUACACCGGCGACUCCUGGUCCCCGACCCUGGACCGGAAGGCUGACCUGGGUGGUUUUGAGAAAGGGGACUGCACUGAGCUUGCUCGAAGGCUUUUUAUCAAUCAGAGUGUUGAGGAGGCACCGGUGAGCUGGACGUCCCGGCAGCAGUGGGGGAACCAACCAGACUCAACACCCAAACCUGAAACUCAGCCGGAGUCCAACAGCGACCAGACCCCUGCCUGUCGAUCCAGCCAGCGCCACAGAGCGCUCAGCCCCACCGCCCAGCAGAAACGGGCCGAACAGCGGAGGAGAGAGAUCCUCCUCCUGGGACCGGUGGUUCUGGACUCCGCCGACGAGGACGACGGCUGCGAGGAGGAGGACCAGGGGUACGACGUGGAGGGGUACGGCUCCAGGAGGGCAGACGAGCCUCCGGAGGCGGAGCACAACGGAGCGAUGGGAGGAGGCUCGUCCUCACGGAGCUCCAGCGGCGUCACCGGCAGUUUGGGGGACCGGGACUGCGUGUCCCCCGAGUCCAGCCAGUCCAGUCACCAGAGCAAUGAGACGGGCGCCGCCACCUCAGGAAUACAGACGGACAGCGGAUGCGCGGCCCCCGUGCCUUCACUGCACUGUCAAAAGAUUGCUCGUGCUAAGUGGGAGUUUUUGUUCGGGACCCCUGCGGAGGAGGCAGCGAGUCGAGGGGAGAAAAACUCUCUGGAGGCCUCCACAGCGCCCCCCAGUGGUAACUCCAGCGAGUCCCCCACCCCGACGCCACCGUCCUCCCUCCCCCUGCUGUCAGCCAAUCACGAGGUGCAGCAUGUGGAGGUGGAGCUGGUGACCCCUCCCCCGGCCGUCGUCGGGGCGUCCCCCAAAACCGGCAUCAUCCGCCGCACGCUGAAGUACUCGGAGACGGACCUGGACGCCGUCCCGCUGCGCUGCUACCGAGAGACGGACAUCGACGAGGUGCUGCUGGCCGAGCAGGACGACGCUGACUCCGCCUUCGGGAGCAACCGCAGCGUGCAGGGCAACUCCGGGACGGGCAGCAGCCCUCUGGGGGGGCUGGCCUAUGGCGGGGCGGAGGGGGAGGAGGAGGGGGAGGACAGGAGUGGAGGGAAGGAGGGGGAGGAGGAGGAGGAGGAAGAGGAAGAAAUGGUGAGCUGGGCGAGUGUGCGGAUGCAAGGAGACAGCAGGAAGCAGCAGUUCGCCGCUCAGGAGGAGCCCGAGGUGUUCGGACACCUGCUGAAGAGACCGACGGAGACGUUCUUCGACAACCACAACCCGGCGCUGAAGUCGCCCCUGCUGGUCUCCGGCCCGCGCCUCGCCGCCGAGGACACCUUCAGCCGCCACUUUGAGAGCAUCAUGGAGUCGCACCGGGCCAAGGGGACAUCCUACAACAGCCUGGACAGCGAGGAGCUGCUGACUUCCAGUACGCAGACCGUGCUGACCUUUGACCUCCCCACGCUCACCCCCGCCAUCCACGGGCCGGUGUGUCAGAGCGCCAGGCACAUCGUGCAGCUCAGCUUCGCCCCGCUGGCUCACGACGAGCGGCCCAGCCUCUCCGACUCCAUCUUCACCGUCACCGGGGACUCGGACGCCACCCGGGCACCGUCCAGCGAGCGGCUGAGCAGCGGCUCGGAAGACACGCCGCCUCGGGGACGAAAUUACACACAGCUGGGGAGCAGCUGGUACAGCAACCCCUCCUUCUCCCUACCCAGCAGGGAGAAGGCUCGUCUGGCCACCGACUCGGAGCUGGACCAGGACCUGAGCGACCGCCUGGGUCUGGGCAGCAGCGACACCCUCACCAACGGCAGCCACCGCGCCGACGUGGCGGCCGCCAAGCGUCUGGCCAAGCGCCUCUUCAACCUGGACGGGUUCAGGAAGUCCGACGUGGCGAGACACCUCAGCAAGAAUAACGACUUCAGCCGCAUGGUUGCAGAGGAGUACCUCAGCUUCUUCAAUUUCUCCAGCCUCGCUCUCGAUCAAGCCCUGCGGACGUUCCUGCGGCAGUUCGCUCUGAUGGGGGAGACGCAGGAGAGGGAGCGGGUGCUGUCACACUUCUCCAGACGAUACCUGGACUGCAACCCCAAAGUCGCCCCCUCCGAGGACGCGGUUCACACGCUCACCUGCGCCCUCAUGCUGCUGAACACUGAUCUGCACGGCCAGAACGUCGGGAAGAGGAUGUCCUGCACGCAGUUCAUCGGCAACCUGGAGGGACUGAACGAGGGCCAAGACUUUCCCAGAGACCAGCUCAAAGCACUUUACAACUCAAUCAAGAACCAGAAGCUGCAGUGGACACUCGACGAGGAGGAGCUGAGGAAGUCGUUCUCGGAGCUCGGGGACAGCCUGUGCGACUCCAACCCGUCCACGUCCAUGAGGAGGGUGGGCAGCAGCGGGAGGCCGCUGUCCGAGGACGCGCCGCCGUCCGGGACGCUGCUCUACAAGAACGGCUUCCUGGUCCGGAAGGUCCACGCCGACUCCGACGGAAAGAGAACACCGAGGGGAAAGAGAGGCUGGAAGACUUUCUAUGCCAUACUCAAAGGGCUAAUUCUGUAUCUGCAAAAAGGGGAAUACCGGCCGGACAAGCAGCUCUCCGACGAGGACCUGAAGAACGCCGUGUCCAUCCACCACUCCCUCGCCAUGAAGGCGUCGGACUAUAGCAAAAGGCCCAACGUCUUCUACCUGCGCACGGCCGACUGGAGGGUCUACCUCUUCCAGGCACCGAAUGCGGAGCAGAUGCAGAGCUGGAUCACUCGCAUCAACACGGUGGCCGCCAUGUUCUCCUCUCCGCCGUUUCCCGCCGCCAUCGGCUCCCAGAAGAAGUUCAGCCGGCCGCUGCUGCCGGGCACCAUGUCCAAGCUGUCCGAGGAGGAGCAGGUCCGAUCCCACGAAGCUCGGUUCAGAGCCAUCUCCACCGACCUGACCGAGCUGCGCUCCUUCCCCCCCGACCGCAAGGUGAAAGGGCGCGAGCUGGAAGAGUACCGCCAGCGAGACGAGUAUCUGGACUUCGAGAAAACGCGCUACGGGACGUACGUGAUGCUGCUCCGCGCCAAGAUCCGCAGCGGCGAGGAGGACCUGUCGGUGUUCGAGUCGCAGCUGCUGGAGGACAACGGGCUGCAGCGGGCGCACUCCAGCCCCACGCUGCAGGACAGCAGCCUGGCCAGCCAGGUCAGCCAGGCCAGCAGCGCCCGGGACGGCGGCGGCAGCAGCAAGGCCAGCGGCGUCAGCGGCGGUGGCGGCGGUGGCGGCGGCGGCGGCGGCAAGGCGCGGCAGGACGGCCAGAGACAUAGCUACCGGCAGGCCGUCAAGAAGUGAGCCCGGCCGGGGCGCCGGGAGCGGCUCGGCGUUGCACCGCCAGCGGCAGGCCGCCUCCCUGCACAGGUUUUUAUUUGAGAUCCAGGAGGGUUCGGAGCUCUGCUUGACAAGGGGGGGCAGGAGUCGUGCUCCGCCCCCCCCACAGACCGUGACGCCCCACUGCUCCCCGAGGAGGGGCAGAGAAACACCGGCCGGGACGCUGGGGGCCGGCAGGUCUACAGAGACCGCCCGGCUGCGGCUCGCACACAGAGGCUGCUGAGGAAUCGAACCGGGGCACCACACGGGCACCUCCAUCCAGCACACCUUUCUCGCCCUCUUUUGUUCUUUUUGUUUUUUUCUUUCUUGGGGACCAAACACGUUUACACACCGAACCGUCACGCCAUCGCGGACGUCCCACGGUUCGAUUCCCGCUCUGAAGCGCUGUAACAGACUUACGGAGGCGUGGCGUUCCGUUCCCGCUCCUUUUUCCCACCACAUCUCCACGGGGUGCGUUCACAUUCCACUGGGCGGCGUGGCGCUCCCGGCCGAAGGCGGCGUCGGGAGGAGAUCGACUAAGAGAGAGAGAGAGAGAGAGAGAGAGCUCUUUUAUUUCUCGCUCCACUUGAACAUCUCUUCUUUCUGGCUUCUGUCCCGUGACGUGCUUCUGUUCUUCUUCUUCUUCUUCUUCUACUUCUUCUUCUUGGCCGAAUGUUGUUUUCUUCAGUGAAUCCGCAUGCCUGCAUCCAGCACAGCUUCUUUUAGGCCUUUUUACUACUUUGAGGGCGGUGAUCCGCCGUCCUCCGGCGUCGCCAUGGAAACACCUGUAUCCUGUCUGUCGUACCUAUAAAGGCUCAGUUAUGAUAAACCCUGUUCUCCACUCACCAGGCAGACCCUGAAUGUCCUCAUUUUUGAUAUUUUACAGUAUUUUACAGCCAUUUGUUGAUGUUGAACCUCCUGUGUUUGUCGAUGAAAUAUGCUAUCUGCACUCGGGAUAUGUUGUAUAUAACGCACCCCCUGCUUAUAUUGUAGGAUAUAUGACGGUAUAUUUACAAUAUAUUGGGCGCACUGUUGUGACGAUGCAUUAGGUACACACACACACGUUUCUUCUUGUAAAUCCCAAAAGAGCUAAAUGAUAAUCACGUGUUGUCCUUUUUUUCUUAUAUGAAUAUUCUAGUGAAGCCUAUCAAAGAUUAGUAAAGAUGAUUCGUGUGAGGUUUCUGGCGACGGAGGGGGGGUUUUUCCAAAGACAGGGCGUGGCUCGCUGUGGCGGCUCCUCUGAUUGGACCAGGCCGCUGUGGGCGGAGCCACACGCGCCUCACAGCAUGACCGAUGCACAGCCAUUUACUACUCAGGCUUUUUAGAUGAACCACACCGUGAGCGGCCGCGGCGCCGCGUCCGACCAGCAGGGGGGCGCCGUCGGCGCGCGCACCCUCAGCCAUACUCACCCGCUGCACCUGCAGCCGAUAUGCACAGCAUCUUCAUCCCCCUCCUCCUCCUCCUCAUCCUGGCCCGCCACGCCUCUGUGUGUCGGUCUGUUUGUGUUGUUGUUCUUGGUGUUGUUGGUGUGCAUGCCAGAGCCGUGUGCUCAGCCCAGGGUGAAGUGUGUGUGUGUGUGUGAGAGUUGGCAGCUCUGUCUUCACACACUUCCUGUUUGUUUAUUCACUGGGUUUUGAAGAGUGGCCGGAUCAAUACCCCACCCUCCACCCCAACCAACCCCCUUUCUUUUUGCACUCUGCUGGUUUUGAGGAAUGGUUCGUGUGUGUGUGUGUGUGUGUGUGUGUGUGCGUAUGUAUGUGUGUCAGUGCCAUGACUUCGCAUGAGUUUACUCUGUAUUUAUUGAUCAUGUUUGUCUCUGCUGUUCAGAAUGUGGCCAAAACUUAAAAAAAAAAAAACAAGAAAGCCCAGGAUCAAUACAUCAAUCACUUUCCAGUAUUCCAGAGAUUUUAAAUCACUCCAUAUUUAAUAAGCUGUUUUUUAUAUAUAUGUAUUUCUUUUUAAAAGUUUGGUCCAUAUUUGAGUUAUAUCACCUGAUUUGAUGGCGUCUGGUGCUUUUGGGUGAUCUGAUCUAAAGAUUGAUCAGCGUAAAUAAUGGAUCCUUCGUUCAUGCAAAUAUUGAUCAAAUUCUGCAAAUAAUCAGUGGAAACUAUCGUGCUCAAAUUAAUAGUAACUAACCUCAAUAUUAGCUACAAACAAGUUCCACACACCAAACUGAUCAUGUUGUGACAUGAGUGAAGAAUUGAUUAGUUGGAAACAGAGAUGUCUGCAUUACCGCUUGAAUCGCAAAGAUUUACUGUCAGUCUUCAUAACAUUAUCAAAGAGCACUGAUCAUCCCUGAUCAGCUCACGUUGACAUCUAUACUGAGCUGUGAAGCAUUUUUAUCUCUAAAGUGACAUUCACAUCAUUUGUGGGGUAAAUUUUCAACAAUUUUAAACCCGAUGGAUCAAUAAAUGGCCACCAUUUCAUGCUGAUCUGUGUUGGUAAAAUGUGCAUCGCCGUCGAGGGAUUUUCAAAUCGCCCAGACAGUUUUUAGAAAGAUUCCCAUCAUGUCACGAGUGUUUUCUGCAUGACAGGCACAAAAACACGUCAGUGGCGUGAAAAAAAACUCUAAACUGAGCAGAAAGAGGAAGGAAACCUGCGUUUACAGUGAAACUUGAACCCUUUGAAAGUCUGAUUAUUUCUCUCAUAAAUGGUGCCACAUCUGUAAGAAUCAUCCAUUUCCAGGGCUGAUUAUACGAGUUAUGCUCAUGAAAUAAAAUUGCCAAAAGUUUUUUUUUUCUUUGCAAACUGCAGAUGCAAAUUUCCUCCCUUUUUUAUGCAAAGUUUGUUUAAUUCGUCUUCCAUCAGGAAAAAAAACUCUAAAUGUGAGGAUUGGUCGGUCACGCCUGGAAUUGUUUGGAUCGAAGGAGGAACUUUUCUUCAGCCGUAUUUGUGAAUCUUAACAGUAAAAUGUUGUUAGGUGUUCCACAAUGUUCAAAAAGAUUUGACUUUUUUAUCCCUUCUUCAUGCAACAAACUUCAAUACUACGAGUGAAUCAAUAAAUGACUGUUAAAGUUGAUUUAAACACAUUUGAAUGAGAUAUCAAUUGAAAUAACUCAAAAUUACAGUAUUAAUGUCUGAGAUUAUUAUUUCUUCAGACUUCAGAGAAUGAUAAAAUGUCCCUAAACACCAGUAUUUACAACUAUUUGCAGAACAUGAACGAAUGAACCAGAGUUUUGUGGCCACUCUAAGUACUGACAUUCUGCAGUCUCACCACUAGAGGUCACUAAAUCUGUCAAAAUGCUCCCUAGAAGUGACAUUAAUUUAUUGAAACAGAAGAAAACAGUGUUAACUCAUGAAAAUAUUCACAGAACAAGCAAAUCCUCAUAUUGUUAAUAUAAUUUAUGAUCAUCUUUAAUUCACUCUUUUAAACUUUUUUGUAGUUUUUAACAUCAGAAAUCAUUUGAGAGCUGUUCUUCCCUGGAUCUCCUUCAUGACCGAUUGUCACGUCAUUAAUCAACACGUCACACACAGUUUGAGAUUAUUUCAGGGAUCAAUGUUUCUUACUGGUUACCAUGGUGACACAGGUCCGGUUUGAUUUACAUCCUAAACGUACUUUGUGAGAUUUAGUAAAUAUUUGCAGUUUUUCUUGGUGUUACUGCAUUUAAUUCCAUGAUCAUUUAUUUCUCUGUUUAACUACUUAAUAAAUCACUCUGUUCAUACUGGAAUCAAGCACUGUUCUCCCUAAAGACACGAUCUGUUUCAGACCUCACCUGUGAAACUGAGAAAACAAUCAACCAAUGAACUGAUUAUCAAAAGAAACCUCUCCAGACUAGUUUUUCCUUCCGUGGGAUUCAAACGCGGCUCCAACACUCUUACCAUCAAUAGGUCAUCCACUGGACCGGGUCAUUUUUAGUAUUUGUGAGAAGAAAAUGCUGCAUGAUUUUAAUGGUGCAGCAUGAAGGUGAGAGAAAAUGCAUUUGUUGAACAGCAGUGAGUCGCUGGUCCUCGGUUGUUUCCAGCAGCUCCUGUUUUGUUCCACUUUCUUCUUUUUGCUGGCGUUGGAGUAAAUGCAGGAUGCAGGAAGUCUUCACCCUCUGGUGGUACAAAGUGGUAUUACCACAUUAAUCAGGCUAGCUGAUUGCUUUCUCUGUUGAUUAUUUACGUAGUGCACCUUUAAAGUCAGCUGUUUGCAUGAUUACCUGACAUCAGUCAGGUUAAGCCCCACCCCUUUUCCAUUUUUCCACAUUUACCUCACUCCGACAAUGGCCACCUCGUGUAAAGCAAGAAAAUAUGUAAAGAACUGGUGCGAAUUUCAGGUUGGGUUGUUUUCAUGAUUGUCUCCAUGUGACGUUCAACAUGAAGUUUUGAGUUCAGCAUAAGAACAUUUCUGGAAAGGAACUCAGUGGUUCAGACAGAGACAUCAUGAACGAGUCUCCGCCCCUUAGCUGCAGGAUCUCCAUGGCCCCGCCCCCUUUCCUCAGAUCCAUGGCUCUGGUUAACAUGGAUUGGCUGGUUUUCCUGAUGAGGGCUCAGAAUGCUCCAGUGAAAGUCACCCUGUCUUUGGCACGACGUCUCUGUGAAAGCUGCAGCAAUGCAGCAGUGCAUGCCUGCCUGCAGCGGUCCGUGCCUGCCUGCAGCAGUGCAUGCCUGCGCCUGCGCCUCUGUCUGCCGCUGCUGCAGUUUGUGGGCAAGCUGCCUCAAAAACGUGCACUUGUACUGUUCCCAUCCCUGCCCAUCAUGUCUGAAUGUAAAUAAAGCAUGAGAUGUUAUGGCCUGCUUUCAUUUAUAUUAUGAUUAGAGUAAUCAAUGAAGGGUUAAUCUAUAAGGUAGGUCAGCAUUUUUUUUCUCCUGUCCUUGAGCUCAUGGUCAUUUCUCUUUCUCUUUGUUUUUAAUGUGAAUGAAGGAAAUGACUGUAUUCAACGCUCUCGUAUGCUGCUGUUGUGUUUUAGAGACUCGAGCCGGCUCAUGCGGAUCUUUUCCACACCUAGGGGUCCGAUCUGGUCCAUCUCAGUGUUUUUUAGACUGGUGCGGGUUCAAGGCGAUGUUCAUUUGAUGCUAGACAUUUCAGUGAGCUCCAUGUGUCACUGCCUUGUUCAAACUCACCAAGGAAAUGUUGUCUGUGAGUCUCUCACCUCGGGAGACGUAGAAGAUACAAAUAAAAGUGUUUUGAAAGGUUU